AUGGCAUCAAUGGCCUCUCCGGGGGAAUCUACGGAAAGCGAGAAGUCAGACUCUGCUGUGAACUCCGCUGCGAGCAGUAGCGACUACAGAAGGAGUGUCGAAGUUGUGAAAACCGGGAGCAUCAAAGAUGAGAUGGACCAUACUCACACUAUGCAGACACGCUCUUCUGCGGACUCCAGGAGGAGACGCGCGCUGUCGAGCAAGUUUGUCAAAGCAAAGACUGCAAACAUGGUGUACAACAGUGGCGCAUCUUGGAGGGACUGCACGAUUCUGACCCAGUUUGCCGUGAGGUACACCCGAAACAAGUUUAUGGCAAAUCUGUUCGCUUUGAUUGUUUUGGUCGACUUCCUGUGUACAUGCAUCGACGUUGACACCCGAGCCACCGGAGCAAACACUGGUGAUUUGGUACAAAUCACAGCAGACCUGUGUCUUUGCGCGUACUCUAUCGACACGGUCCUCGUGGUCAUAGCGAAAGGAAUCCGAAUACUGCUGGAUCCUAUGAUGAUGACGGACGCUUUUGUUCUCACCUGCGGCUAUGUCGAGACACUUAUGCAGUACUUGGGCUAUGGCGACCUCAUGAGCAGCGUUGCCGUGUUCAGAAUGCUGCGAUUGGUACGAAUCCUGCGUGUUACUCGAGUCCUGAGGCGCACGGGAGGCUUUCGCGAGCUGCAGAAGCUGAUCCGCAUGUUGUCAACCUGCUUGAAAACACUGUUUUGGUCGUUCAUAUUCUGCUUUGUCAUGAUGACGGUUUGGGCGCUCCUGAUCGUAGAGCUAGUCAACCCCUUGAUGGAGGAGGUUUUCGAAGAUUGCUUGGAGUGCCAGAAGUCAACAUCUUCUGUCAUGCGUGCGAACGUGCUUCUGUUCAAGACGGUGAUCGCUGGCGACAGCUGGGGACAAAUAUCUGUGCCGAUGAUGGAGGAAUAUCCGCUUACUGCUAUUAUAUUUAUGGGGUCCCUUCUGACGCUGGUUUUUGGCGUCAUGAACCUUAUCGUGGCAGUGGUCGUGGAUACAUUCGCGGAAGCUCGUCAACGCGAUGUCUUGAACCUGGCAGAGGAGAUGCAGAACAACGAAAACAUUGAUCGCGAGCGGCUGGAACGGAUCUUCAAGCGAAUCGACACAGAUGGCAGUGGCAUGGUGACGUUUGAUGAACUCUUAGAGGGAGCCCGGAGGGAUCCCGAAUUCCAGAGCCGGCUCCGGGUCAUGGACAUUGACGAGGCCGACCUUGAGCAGCUCUUCGAAAUGAUCGACGUGAAUGGUGAGGGCGAGAUCGCCGCCACGGAGUUCAUCACCCCCUUGACGAGGUGGGUGAGCGAUUCCAAAACUGCCCCACGCUUUAUCAAGUACAACAUGCUGCGGUCGCUGGGGCAACAGGAGGAGCUCUACGGCCUCUCACGGCGGUGCUUCGAAGUCCUCGACAACCGUGUCGAAGCGAUCAUGGCAAUGCUCAUGGAGACGUCUCCCGGUCAAGCCUUUGACAUGCCUCACAUCGCCGCGGCGGAAGGGCUCAAGCCGGCAGAGACGACCGAGCUCGAGAAAAUGCCCUCAUCUCCGCUUCUGCCUCUGUCGGAGGCAGACGAUAUCGUGGAGCAGCCGCAUUCCACGCGACCCACCAGCUUGCAACCUUUGGCGGAGGAUGCCAUCAAGGCUGCGAUGGACAAGUUGGAAAGCUACGUCCUGAACGCCACAGAAGCCGCCUUGAAGGGGUCGAGGGCUGCGAUCGAAAAGGCGCUCCAGGAGAAGGCGUCUCUGCUUAUGCCCAGCUCAGCAGAGCCAGGGCUUCCGCAAACGCAGCUUCGUCCUUCCCGACCGUCGUUGAUCCAGGCCAUGGGCGAGAACAUCUUCGAGAAGCGCCGAAGGGUCAGUGUCACUGAGAAGCAGGGAACCUCUGCAUCAGAGCCUCGGAAGGGGGAGGAGUCCCCUACCGCCUACAAGCCCCGGCGGAGGAGUCGGAUGGCCACAGGCUGCUUCAACAACCCCGGCGCGGGAAGCCCGGCGAGGGUGCUGCCUACAUGGAGGCAUCCCAGCAAGGAAGGCAUCGAGAGCGGCGACACGAGCUCUUUUUUCAGGGGCAGUCCUGCGGGAACUCCAAAGGGGAGUCCAACCCGCGUCACGGAGGGCAAGUCGAGUCCAACGAGUCCGGCCCGACCGAAGCAAAGCCCAACAGCCUGA